AUGAACGAGAACCAGGAGCUCAUCCACAAGGUCGACUGGCUCGAAGCGGCCGAGCUCAAAGAGCAGAUGCUAGCUCUGCAGCAAGUUGUCAGCAAGCUGAAUGGCGGCGAAGGAAGGAAGAGAAAGAGAGGAAAGGCUCAGGCAUGGGAGAAGAACUCAGACUUCGAGUCCUGGGUGCAUGCUGGCGUCCGCCGUCUGAUGGGGAUGCCCGAAAUGGGAAGGAAGGCCAACUUUGCGCCAGAAAUGUGGCCCGACUAUGACGAGGAGGAAGCUCCCAAUGGGUAUAUCCAAACGUCAGAGGGCAGGGUGCUGAGGAGGCCGGACUGGGGGAACCUAAAGAACAAAUUAUGA